UGGCUGUCGGACUUCCGCAUGCUUCCUGCACAGAGGCGGCAGCAGCAGCAUGGCAGCGGAUCCCUGGAACAGAGUGAACGUCCCGUUUCCCGGCGCGGUGUCCAGUGUGCAGGUGCACUUCAGCAGGACAACAGCGGCUCACGUGAAGCAGCUGUGCUCUGAGAGCUGCACGCUCCUGCAGCUGCUGAGGAGUGAGGCUCUGCAGACGGAGGUGCGGCUCCUCUACGACCUGCUGCACGUCCUGAACAACUCCCUGCGAGGAAACAAGACCUUCAGGGCUCUGAAACAGGUGGAGCAAUGCAUAAACAGGCUGAAGGACAUGAAGCUGGACGGUGCACUGCAGGACCUGACAGAUCUGUGUCCGACGAGGAUGCAAAGGGGUGUGAGCCUUCAGGCCGGGGAGGGCGCCGUUCCCAGUCAGCCCAUGUUGGAGUGGCUCUGCCUCAAAGUGCUGGGAGCCGCAGAGCUGAUGAGCUGCACGCUGAGCCGCUGCAGCAGAGCCUUCAUACUUUCGAGGCAGCAGAUGAAAUGGGACGAGUUCAUCAUCUCAAACACGGUGAUAACCAGCAUGCUCAGCCGACUGUGGGUGUUUUUCCGGGGCGUCCUGGUCUGCCUGGCCUCCCUGUACCAGCAGCUCCUGGAGCUCCUCAGAGAAGUGGCCCAGGCUAAGCCCAUGCCCUUCCUCACAGACUUCUCCCUGCCAGCCGACAUGGCUCAGUUCCUGGGGCCCUCCAGUGCCUCUUUACUGACCAAGAAGCCACAACAGCAGGAAGAGCAGCAGCAGCAGAGGAACAAGGAGAGGAAGAGGAAAGCUCCUGCUAAAAUCCCCAACCAGGCAAAGAGGCAGAAGAAGGAAGACCUGGGGGUCGCUGUCCAAAGAGAUCAACUUUUUGACAUCGAUGUGAAGCCUUUGUUCAAGGGUCUUGGGGAUUUUAAAGAGGCACUGAAGAACAAGCCCUCCCCACAGGAAAGACGUAAAGCUGAGAAGAAACAAAUGUUCAAGAAACAAGUGAGAGCAGCCACUACUUUCACAGACAUGGCAACCCAUCUGGAGGAAAUGAUUGAGUGGUGCAAAUCUCACAGCCUGGUGAAGGAGAAGCGCCUCUUGUCGUUCCUGUACCUGAAAUGCCAGAAGAUGAAAGGCCUAGAGUCUGCGGGUUACACCAUCCAGAGGAAGCUGCGGAGCUUCCAGCGAGAGGUUUGCUGGGCUUCGUCUCCUGCCGGCUCAGUGCCCAGGACCUGCCUGCCCAUCGCCGCCCUGUGGAGAAACACUCACCCGAGGACUCGUUUACGGACGCUCAGGACGCGAUUUAGGCGUUCGACAACUACAAACUGUGCCAAGAAAAAAGAGAAGAAGAGACGAAGGAAAACAACAGAGUCAUCGGUGUCUCGACUGUCAGAAUAUGACAAAGGAAGCAGGACUUCACAUGAGACCUCUGAAUGUGAGGGCAGAGAUGACAUAGAUGAUAUUUUUGCCUCUGUAGGUUUAUAGCAUUUUUUAAAUUUGUUUAAAAAAAAAAACAACAAAUUACUGCUACUGUCCUGUAUCCUACUUCUGCACCUGUAACUUAAGACACAGUGAACUGAGCUAAUGGAGGAGACAUUAUGCCAUUUUUCAAAAGAAAACAUGAGUGGGAAUCAUGAGAGCUGCUAGUGAAAUCUGUCAAAGUGCCCAACAGCAGCAGGUGAUCAGUUUUUUAUGGAGGAAAAACUGAAAACACUCCGCAGGGCAUGUUGAUGUUUCUCAUAACAGCUUGCAGAGCCCAGGGUCCACUUGUUCAAAAGCCUCUCUUAUAUGCAUCUUGGACCAGCUGGUCUGUGAAACCCACACAUGAGGCUCAAAGAGACGUUUUGUUCCAUGACAAACAAACCUAGUCAACUUAUCUUUGAGAGAGAAGACUUCAUAAAACAACACAGUGGAAAUCCUGGCGAUCUGGUCUUAAAAAACUGGUUAUGGACUUGCUUUGUCGACCUGUCCCCUAUCUAGCAGGGACAGAGUUCAUGAGCGGGGCAGGUUUUUUAACAGAUAACCAGUCACAUGCAGCAGGGGCUGUGAGAUGAAGCAGAUUAUUCUAGUAUCACUCAUUUGUAUGCAGUGUUCCAGUCCAUGUCUAGAUUUAUAGGUGCAAUUUUGUAAUUAAGCUUAUUAGAGCUCCUGAUUUUUUUUUUUUAAUUUAGUCCUGUGAUACUUUUCAAAGUUAAAGACAUCAGUCACCAUGCAAUUAGAUAUAAAGAUAUUUUUGAGACUCUAAACUGAAGAGUUACCAAGAGUUAUCAUUUCUGGUGUUUUAACCAUAGAAACUGAAUGGGUUAUAGUUGUACCAUUCAUUAUACCAUUGAAUAUCUAUGGUUCCACUGCCCAUACAAGUGGACUGCAGUUUGUUCCAUCUAUCACACCAGUUGCAUCUCUGGCUCCCCCUGGUGGAGAAGAUAAAUAAAAACAUGCAUGGACUUGAA